GAUGGCGGCAUACAUCUAGAAGUUGGUUUGUAGCCCGCCAUUAAAUAAAGAAGAAGAAAAAGAAGAAGUUGUUCCAGUUCUGCAGCUCUUCUCCAAACCGUCUCUGAUUAUACUCAAAGAUCCUUUAUACUGUUAUACUGUCGAGAACGACAGAAAUAGAAGAAUACUUGGAGCAAAGCGAUAAAGUAUGUGGACACACACUGAGUGAUCACUCUAAAUCGAGGAAACACAGAGGGACUGUGUCCACAGUGAGGGACAGUGAGACAGCAUAGACAGGAUGAGUGAAGACUCGGGCACGCUCUGCCUCUUUGAUGUAGACGGGACGCUCACGGCCGCGAGACAGCGUGUGACUCCAUCCAUGGCGGAGUUCCUUCAGAAGCUCAGGACUAAGGUUCGAGUCGGAGUGGUAGGAGGGUCGGACCUUAGUAAGAUCAAAGAACAGCUGGGAGAUGAUGUGAUCCAGAAAAUGGACUACGUUUUUGCUGAGAAUGGUCUUGUGGCCUAUAAAAAUGGACAGUUACUCUCUGUCCAGUCCAUCCAGGCCCACAUGGGUGAAGAUCUACUCCAAGAUUUCAUUAACUUCUGUCUCAACUACAUGGCCAAGAUCAAACUGCCCAAGAAAAGGGGGACAUUCAUUGAAUUCCGUAACGGCAUGUUGAACAUCUCCCCUAUUGGACGCAGCUGUACACAGGAAGAAAGGAAGGAGUUCUAUGAGCUAGAUCAGAAAGAGAAAAUCCGAGAGAAGUUUGUAUCCAUAUUAAAGGAAGAGUUCAAAGGAAAGGGAUUGUCAUUUUCAAUCGGAGGGCAAAUCAGUAUUGAUGUGUUUCCUGAUGGUUGGGAUAAGAGAUUCUGUCUGGGGUUUGCUGAGAAGGACAACUACUCAACCAUUCACUUCUUUGGAGACAAGACCAAACCUGGAGGAAACGACUAUGAGAUCUACUGUGACCCACGGACCACAGGCCAUGAAGUCUCCUGUCCAGAGGAAACGCAACAACUUUGUCAGCAGCUUUUCUUCUCGUGAGCGAGAAACCGCAACUGUUACUGUAUGCUGACAUUGUUUUUACAAAACCGACAAGAGGGACUUAUAUUAGGGGUCUUAUUUAUCGGUUUAAAACAUAUCUAGAGAUUGAACUACAAAAAAAAUCAUUUAUGCGGAAAGAGCCAGCGUCAUAGUGUUGUUGACAUUACCAAAGGGUAAUGUCAAGGGUGGAGAGGGAACACUUACUGACUAAUUGAAGAGGGAUUUCUGGGUAUUUUGGUUGCGUUUUGAAUGAGAGAUGUAAUGGCUUUGAAUGUGAUUUAAUGGUUUUUAAUUUGUCGUUUUGAUUCUGGCUGUGUUAUCAACAUUACCUCAUGGUAAACCUUAAAUUAAAACAAUUGCCAAUUAAAUGUGUCCAUUUGCAGUUUGUCAAAUGUUGUGGCUGUAGCAUUUUAUGUUGAAGUCUUUUAUUGGGUUCUUUGCUCAGCCAUGUUUAGUAUCAUUCUAUCUUAACAAACCGUAACCAUAACCACAUCCCUUGCUGUGUGCUAUGAGAUUUUUCUCCUAGAUGUUAUAAAACAAGAAGUCAUGGUCAUCAGUAGACAUUAGCAAACUGUACAUUAAUGUGGAAAUAUCACCAGUGAGUGUAUCAAUAUUUUUUGUGGCCCCUAUGGUACCUCAUAACAUUUUUUGGAGAAUGUAUCUGAAAAAUAUAGCUUUGUACAAUUGUGUGACGUUCCCAAUACAUGACACUUAAACUUGAAUGUAGUAUCAACUUGUAUCAAAUUCUGCUGUAAAAGAUGUGAUAUUUGGGAAAUAAUAAAGCAUAUAAAGUAAAAAAGAAAAAUAUAUGCUAAAAAGUAUAAUGAGGAUUUAGAAGUGUUAUUUUGAUUUUUAACAGUAAUGUUACAAGUGAAUAUGACCCAAGUAUAAGACAGUGUGUGAGUGCAUGAGAAAUAAAUCUUAUAGCCAAGUACAUUACUCAAAACUAAAUAUACAUCCUCCCAAAAUGAAUUGAGUUUUUCACAACUCCAAAAAACAGCUGCCACAUUGUCUCCAACAGGGCUGGUUUGUUGAAGAUGUUUGGAUGCUGAACUUGUAAGGUGUAAUAAAAAAGCGCACCAAAUUCUUCCAGUUAAACACUUUCAAUUGUUGUGAACUUGUGGAAGUAUGUUGAGUUUCACACAUUCAUACAUCUGAUGGAAUUUCCACUUUUAAUUCCUUUUCCCACCUUGAUUUCAGAUAUAAUGUUGAGUUGCCCCUACAUUCCAUAAUACUUUUAUAAAACUUACUUUAAUGUAUUUACUAUUUGACCUAUAAGCAUUCAUCAUAUCUUUUAUAACUGGAUAGAAUUCUUGCGAGUUCUCCAUUUUCAAUUUUUUGUUGUAGUAAUCUCUAAAUUCUAUGUACCUAAAUAAAUCCCGAUUGUGAAGGAAA